AUGGUUGGAUUUACUGCUAUCUCUGCCAAGGACAAGUUUGAUUAUUGUCUACCUUCUAACAGUAGCUGCUGGCCUUCUCAAGCUCAGUGGAGCGAACUGAAAUCCAAAAUAUCUGGUGGGAAACUUCAUGACAUCAGUGAUAACAGUGAAUACAACAAGAUAUGUGAUGCCUCAAGUGUGGACCCUAGCGCUGCCUAUACCCUAGAGGAUAAAGGUGAAGGAAGAUGCAUGCAGUAUCAUGAUUGCUCUAAGGAAAAAUGUGACGAUAAAGCUGGCUGGAACAUUCCAGAGUAUUCUGUCGAAGCGUCAGAAGAAACUGACAUAAUAGAAGCUAUUAAGUUUGCCAACGAGUACAACAUUCAAGUAGUGGUAAAAACAACUGGUCACAACUAUGCAGGGGCAAGUAUGGGAGAUGGAGCACUCCUCGUAUGGAUGAGACACUUUAAAAAGUAUGGGGACAUCAUAAAGGCUUAUGAAAAAUGCAGUGAAACAUAUGAUGCAGUUUUAAAAGUUGGUGGAGGGCAAAUCUGGGAGGAGGCUUAUAAAGCUGUUGGCAAUGAUUAUCAUAUGGUUGGAGGAGGUGGACUCACUGUAUCUGCUGCUGGAGGUUGGUUGAAUGGCGGGGGCCUUUCCGCAUCUGCCAGACUUUAUGGAAUGGGUAUUGACCAGGUUGUUGAAUUUGAAGUUAUUACUGCUGAUGGAUCAAAAGUGACGGCAAGUAAGUGUGAGAAUGAUGAUCUUUUUUGGGCUUUGAGGGGUGGAGGGGGUGGAUCAUUUGGAGUAACCACAAGUGUCCAUUACAAAUUACAUGCUACCAAACCUUUCUGUGAGAUAAUCUUUACUAUUACUGAUUUUUAUGAGCCAACAUGGGAUACUAAAACUCUUGUAAAAUGGAUAGGAGUUCUCGUAGAUUCUGCCCCUACAUUCGAUCAGAAAUGGGGUGGUUACUGGACGUUGAAUAGUGGAAUAUUCUACUACCAAGGCACUGAUGAAGAAUUGAAAAAGGAUGAGUUCUUAAUAAAGAUUGCUUCACUGGGUUACAUUAAAUGGGACCGUUGGAAUUGUGCUGAAUCAUACUUUGCUGCUAGAGGUGGCCCAGAGAACAUGUCCACUGAUCAAACUAGUCAGAAAGAGUUUAACAUCGCUAGUCGCCUUGUUCCCAUGAGUUUUGUGGAAAAUAAUCCUGAAAAGAUGAAAGAGAUUCUCGUAUGGAUGAUCUCCAAUGGUUUUUACACUUUCAAUUACAUAAUUGGUGGAAAAAUGAUGGAUGUAGCAGCUGAUGCAACAGCUGUUCAUCCCGCUAUGAGAGAGUCUGUAUUUCAAAUAGAGACAUUCGACGAAAGGCUCAUACAGAAAUUACGAGAUGAAUUACCAGACUCUGGAGCAGGAUUCAACCAUGCAGCCAAGAACGAACCUGAUUGGGAAAACCAGUUUUGGGGGAGGAACAGGGAGAGACUGGAGACAUUGAAGGAGAAGUGGGAUCCUGAAAAUCGGUUCAACUGCUGGCACUGUGUGGGUUACCUGGCUAAGUCUGAUGCAGGAAGUGUGUCAUUCUCCCUCAUCUUCUACCUUACAACCUUGGUUAUCCUGCUGUGCUCACAUUAG